AUGAACAUGGAGUCCUUCUCCAAAAUAUCGAAUAUCAUCGGGCAGGCCCGGGAUCUCACUAUCGAGGCAGCUACAUCUGCCUCCGGCAGCCGUACUUAUGGCACCAGAGUCGCCGUCGCACCCGCCAAGGCUUCGUCGCCAAAGGAAAUCCACCGCUUUCUCUCCUCCCGACAUGAUAGGGAUAUUCUUGAUGGCCUUAGGCGGGUCGUAUCCAUGAUGUCCCGCGGCGUCGACUGUUCCGAAUACUUCGCCGAUGUCGUCAAGAAUGUCGCUUCUCCUACACUGGAAAUCAAAAAAUUAGUGUAUAUCUACCUUCUCACGUAUGCCGAAUCUGAGCCAGACCUCGCUUUGCUUUCCAUAAACACCAUUCAAAAGGCCUUAACCGACCAGAACCAAGUCGUUCGUGCCAUGGCUAUCCGCGUUAUGUCUGGGAUUAGGGUGCCAGUUAUUUCCCAAAUAGUAGCUCUGGGAAUCAAAAGAUGUGUAACGGAUAUGUCGCCUUAUGUUCGAAAAGCUGCGGCCUUAGCGAUUCCAAAGUGUUAUAGACUCGACCCGAGUACGUUGCCGCUCCUUACGGAUCUUGUGGCAACAUUAUUGGGGGAUAAGAGUUACUAUGUUAUUGGAGCGGCAGUGAUGGCUUGGUGGGAAGUUUGUCCAGAAAGAAUCGAAAUGGUACACCCGCAUUAUCGGGGGUUGUGUAAGCUGCUAAUCGAUAUGGAUGAAUGGGGUCAACUAGCGUUGCUGAGACUCCUAACUGUCUAUGCGCGUAAAAACUUUCCACAAGGGAAGGUCAAGGAAAGCAAUAAGAAAAAGAAGACUACUAGUGGAAGCGGUGGAUUUUAUUCAGAUGAAGAAAUGGAGGAUGAGGUUGCAGUAGGGGGUAUUGAUCCAGACCUAAAACUUCUUUUAGACUGCUGUCCACCCCUCUUACAAAGCCGCAAUAGUGCAGUUAUUCUCGCUGUUGCGCGUGCAUACUAUCAUCUGGCACCAUCUUCUUAUCUCCUCCCUCUAGCGCCACCGCUUUUAUCCCUUCUAAGAAGCCCGCAAGACAUCCAGCUCAUAGCACUCACAAAUAUAGUCUUUAUCGCCCUAAGAUACCCUUCCAUCUUCUCCCCACAUUGCACUCACUUCCUCCUUUCACCAGUCGACACACCUCAAAUCAGCAAGUUAAAGCUAGAAGCUCUCACACUCGUUUACCCUUACUCUUCAAAACCACAUCAAUCACUAAUUCUAACAGAAUUAUCAUACUACGCGGGGAGUUAUGAUAAAGAACUGGUACGAGAAGCCGUCAAGGCAGUAGGACGGUGUGCGCAGAAUAAUCCCGAGCAGUCUAGGCGUUGUUUAAAGCUAUUGAUGGAACAUAUAAACUCACCGGACCAACAUUUGGUAGCAGAGAGUUUAACGGUUGUUAGGCACAUUAUCCAACAGCAACCCACACUACACAAAAAGACGGUAAUAAAACUUGCGAAGGCAUUAGAUACUGCUACUAGUAGCACUGCCCGAGCCAGUAUAAUUUGGCUCGUGGCCGAAUUCUCAGGGGUGGACAACGGAGACAAUGUCUCUGCGGAUGUACUCCGUAUUCUAGCCAAAGGAUUUGCGAAUGAAGCCGAAGGGGUCAAAUUACAGAUACUGCUUCUGGCGGCAAAGGUCUAUGCCCAUUAUUUGAACCGGACGAAUACGGGUUUCGAACAACCAUUGUCAGAAGAUGAAGAUGCACCUGAAGACUUUCAUCCUAUCCCUCAACUCUUUAAUUAUAUAUCUCGCCUGGCGCGCUAUGAUGUCAGCUAUGAUAUUAGGGACCGGGCUAGGAUGUAUAUGUCGCUUCUUUCAACACCGAAAUCAGUGCAGUUGGCGACAUUGAUACUGCUGGCGCCGAAACCGGUGCCAUUCGCGCCUAGUCCUAGCGCAGCACUGAGGGAAGGGCUAACAGUGGGCAGUUCGGCGUUGAUGAUUGGGAAGGAUGAGUAUGUGAGAGGAUACGUCGGGUUGCCGGAGUGGGUUAGUGAAGAAGACGCACCUGAACGCCGGAUCAGGGACCCAAUCGAGAAGGAAUAUGGGUACGAAGAGGUUAAGGAAAUCAAGAGUGUGGAGAGGAAGGUCGAGGCUCCUCGGCAGGUUGUCACUCCGGUGGUUAGUGUUGGGCAUACGCAGGAACCCCUGGAUGUGGUAAGCAAGAAAGAGGCCAAUGGAAAGACUUUGGAUGAGUGGUUGGAGGACUCCGAUGGGGAGGGAGACGGUGAAUCUGAGGAUGAGGAAGAAGAUGAAGAUGAAGAUGAAGAUGAAGAAGAGGAAAGCGAAUAUGAGACGGAUUCGGAAGAAGAAGAGACGGAUGAUGAAGAUGUUAAAGAAUCCUCGAAGAUGUUACCUUCAUGA